AUGCGCAACUUCGCCUUCUCCUCCCCGGGCAAUUACUUCGACCCCUACCUCACCGACGACUGCACCUACAACCACCACGGGGACUUCGGCACCACGCUCAUCUACAACUCCUCCGGCCAGAUCCCGGGCGAGACUGACAAACUCUGGUCCAUCCACCGCCUGCUUGUCCCGGCCAACGGCGACUCCUACUUCCGCCUGAGGUGCGAACAUGGAUUUCAACUGCUCAUGACCCCCCCCCCCCCCCCGGAAGAAUGA